AUGGAGCUUCGCGAAAGCAAGAGAAGUUACGCCGGGACCUCCAAGCAAACCGAGGAUGAGCAGCCCCAGAUAAUCGAUCGGAAACGCACGCGCAACGCGACUCGGGCCGAGCGAGCUGUGACCGAUUUAGAGACGGAAAUCGCCAAGAUGAAGGAAGCGCUGGAGUCGGAGACGGUGGAACUCGAGAUCACGAACAUUAAGAACAAGAAGUUAGAAGAUGAAAUCAGGCUUGGAAAUGCCGACAGGCAAAUGAAAAUUAUCGCUAAAGUGAACGAAGCAUUCAAUUUGAAACUGACGAGAAUUAUUGAUGAAAAUAGCCUGCAGUUUUCGAAAUUAAUCAGAUUAGAAAGAAGGGAAACUGCUGGAAUUCGUCGUCUUCGUGAAUGUCUCAAAAAGGAUGAAGAAGUUAUGAUAACCUUGAAGAACGACACGCAGAAGUUCCUAAAUGAGGCAGAUCAGAGACGAGAACUGCGCUUCAUCCACGACUCAAAGUGUUGCGCGACUCUUACACGAGACUCUCACUUGAUCCCAAUCUGCCCGAUAUGCGAAGAACGGUACGAUCAAUCCGAGCCGGGAAGAAUACCACGUAUCCUUAAAUGUGGUCACUCGUUUUGCCACGAUUGCAUUACGAAAAAGCUCGCCGAAAAACCGUUCAUAAAGUGCUUUAUUGAUGCAAUCAAGACCGAGGCUAAGGAGCCGUUCGAUUUGAUUAAAAACUACACUGUUUUUGAAUAUUGA